AUGGCGUCUCGAAGAAGUUCCAAGCUUCGGAUCCGACAGGAAAUUGAACCGGCUGAUCCGGUGCCAGCUCGAGACCUCAGGGUUCAUCCAACGGAACGCAAAGCUUCGGCAUCCAAAGUAGACGCCUUGUUCCCACCGCCAAAGGCAAAGCAAACAAAACCUCCAGGUCCCAAGGCCCAGGCUGGCAGUAAGCCAAGGAAUACCAGUGAUUCGGCAGUGCAGCCUGUCCCCUCGGCCCUUCCACAUGAAAUAAUCGACCUGAUCCUGGACCAGGUAACUGAUCCAUCUACCAUGCGCAAUAUGGCUCGCACCUGCAAGAAAUUCUACUCCGUCAUGAUGCCCCGCUUGCACCAACGUGUCGCUGUCAACGCCGGGUUUCACGCAGACAUCCAGAAGCUUAUCCAGUCCAUUGAACCCUACCUCUCUAGAUCCCAAAUGAGGGCCUUGAGGAAGGAGAAGGGCGAAUACAAUUGCCGGCAAAAAAAGUUUUCCCCUUAUGUUGCCGAGCACCAAGUGCCUCAGUGUGCCUCCUUUGUUCGACAAUUGAUCGUCGGCGAUCGCGAUCCCGACCGCAAGCACGAGCACAUUAUUCACGCUUACCUGAAUGAGGCCCUCGAGAAUAUGCGGAAUCUACAGAUUGUAGAAAGUAUGCCAAUGACGAAGUCGAUUGCCCAGAACCUAGCGACAAUGGAGCAUCUACAGGCUCUGAGCAUCGACUUGACUCACUUGAGCAGGCUCGAUCACGGUGCCAGGCCCUUUCUCAGGAAAAUAAAAAAUCUGAAGCAUCUCAGCGUGAAAGACAAUUCCUCCUCCCUAGACAUCUUCGGCGAGCCUGAUCUCAUCCCUCAAAUAAUCGUCAACUCAAGAGCCACACUCCGCAGCUUGAUUUUUAUCAAAGGAUGUUCUGGCGGCAUGCCUGCACCAACGACGCCCGCAACAGGCCAUGAGUUCCCUAACCUCAAGUCUCUGUCCCUCGGAAGAACCGAAUUCGAUACCGACUUCUCCAAGUGGUUGCAACGUUCGAUCGAUUUCAUGCGCCUGCGUGAGCUGUACCACGAAUCCCUGGGCGAUGAUCAAGCCUCUUUCUUCGACCAUCUUGCCACUCUGGCCGCUUCCAAGGCCUCUUCGGAAAUAGCCCUCCGAACCUUCUUCGUGGAUCUAUCGAUAAAAUAUACUCGCAUGCCCCAGUUAAAUCAAUUGCGCAUCGAUGCUCAGAUCCGCUUCCUCUCCUCGUUUGACACAUUGACCUCCCUGGAGCUGUAUGCCUACAACAAACCCUCGACGGAAAUCCCAAGCGGCAACUCCGAGACCCUUCUAGAUGCUAUCCUGAAGCAUAAAAGCCUCAAGACCUUGAAAAUAUCUUAUGUCGAUAUUGAUUGCUCGUUCGGCAACAUUCUCUAUAUCUCUGCAGCAAAUCUCACCAUUAUUCUAGACGGAUUACCUCUGCUUGAAGAGAUUCAAUUUGCGCCAGAAACAGAGGAGCUUGCCGAAAUCGGGCGCGCCCUCACUCGCGGUGCCAACUUGAAAUCAAUCACCUACUUCCCAGCUGGCUCACUGGAACUUCUUAAAGUAGAAUCCUAUUAUGUGGAAGUUUUAAAGAGCAUCCUAUGGGCUUUCGUGUCCCACAGUGCAGAUGCCAGCAACAGCAAGGCGGAAUCCGUUUGGGAGGACCACACUAAGCUCCGCGAGAUCUCGAUAAACCUCAAGGCAUGGCAGGUCAGCUCGCCUCUCGCUGGCCGGGCUCCCGAGGGCGCCGGGAAGCCAACAAUAUUCUUCACCAAGGAGCGCCGGGAAGUUAUGUGUUAUGAUGUGUCUUACACAAAGGCGACCGAUCUCAACCGUCUCUUUGAUCCUACAUACCGAUGGGUUGAGAGAGUAGCGAGAGACAUGAAUUGA